AUGUUGCAGUACUUUCGGUGUAAUGGUGUCGACCGCCUAUCUGAAGAUCCGAACGCACUCGCCGUGCGCAUGAUGGAAGCGGCUGUUCGUCUAGUAAUCACCAACGACCAGCUUGUGGGCUGUAUCGAGGGUUUAGAAUGCAUUGUUUACGAAGCCAUCUUCCAAUCCAAUGCCGGCAACCUUCGGCGAGCGUGGAUAGCCUUCAGAAGAGCCAUGAUGUUUGCGCAGUUGAUGAGGUUAGAUACGUGUAACCCUCCACCAGUCAAAUUUCUGGAGAACAAGUUCAGGGUGGAUCCCAAGUUCCUAUGGUUUCGAAUUGUUCACAUGGACAGCUAUCUUAGCCUGAUGCUUGGUCUGCCUCAUGGGGGCCAACCGACGAAUAUGGAAAACACUGUUCCUGGAGAGAGCCUCAGUUGCAAGAUUGACCGAGCGCAUACCCUCAUCGCACGUGGUAUCGUUGACCGCAAUCGAGGGGACCCGCAUCAAAACAUUGAGGCUACCCGUAAAUUGGACCACGAGCUCCAGAACGUGGCAAAAUCGCUUCCAGACAAGUAUUGGCUCGCACCGAAUUUCACUAGAUUGCAGCCAACCACGAAGGAAGCCUUUGAGGAGCUAAUGCGGCUUCGAGAUCAGCUUUAUCAGUACAAUCUGCUCCAUCUUCUGCACCUGCCUUUCCUCAUACGCUGCGGCAAGGAAUCCGAUUAUCACAUGUACGCCAAGAUAACCUGCAUUAAUGCGGCCAGGGAGGUUCUUACAAGAUUUGUCGCAUUCCAUAAUUUUCGACCAAUCUCGACCCAGUCUUGCCAUACAGCCGACUUCUUCGCGCUAAUGGCAGGUAUGACGAUACUGAUUGCGCACAUAGACAGCUGUCGCUGGCAAGGCCAUAGAUUCCUAGUGCAUCAACGACCUGGCGAUCGCGCCAUGGUUGAGCAGCUUGUCGAAAAACUGGAACUCGUCGCGACACAGACGAACGAUGUCCUCACCGGCAAAAGUGCUGAGCAGCUUCGAAGCUUGCUUGAGAUUGAAAGCGACGCUGCGCGUGGAUUGAAUCAUACCAGUGAGAACACAGUUGAUCGGCUCGAAGAGGGUUGCGGCGAGCAGUUUCAGCUCUCGAUACCAUACUUUGGGAUCAUCAAGAUUUGCACAAAAGGCAUCACGAAGGAGUGGCCCGGUCAGCAGACUCCUGAUACUACAACCCCCGCUGUGCCGUCUUCUCCGAACCUGGUGGGCGUCAACGACAACGUCUUUUCCACCUUUGGUCAGGACAUUGGCAAUGAUGGAUCAUCCGACCUCCUUGCGACAGUGUCCGAUGUGCAGCAGUAUCAAACGCUUGGAUCCAUACCAGCGUCUGUUGAUGUUCUCAACCACUCGCAACAAUAUCCUGGAUUGACCGCUGGAACGAAUGACUGGGCGCUCCAAGGUGUAGACGCAGCAUUCUUUGACUCGUUGAUGAGGGGAGCGGGGGACUGGGAAGACGCACUACUGGGGAUCUGA